AUGGCAGGGAAGAUCAAAGUUAAGAAUCCCAUUGUGGAGAUGGAUGGGGAUGAGAUGACGAGGGUUAUCUGGGGGAUGGUGAAGGAUAAAUUGAUAUAUCCAUAUUUAGAUGUUGAUUUGAAGUACUACGAUCUGUCUAUUCAGCACAGAGAUGAAACUGAGGAUAGAGUUACUGUAGAUGCUGCAGAGGCCACCUUGAAGCAUGGGGUAGCAAUUAAAUGUGCCACUAUAACGCCGGAUGAAGCAAGGAUGAAGGAAUUCCAUUUAAAGAAGAUGUGGAAAUCUCCAAAUGGUACCAUAAGAAAUAUCCUAGGUGGUACAGUUUUUAGGGAACCGAUAAUUAUCCCACGUAUACCUAGAAUUGUUCCUACAUGGAAUAAGCCCAUAAUUAUUGGAAGGCAUGCGUUUGGGGAUCAAUAUAAAGCAUCAGAUGCAGUCAUCAAAGAGCCAGGGAAAUUAGAGCUAGUCUUCACUCCUGCAUCAGGUCAGGGCAAUCCCAAGACAAUUAAAGUCUAUGAUUAUAAAUCCCCCGGCGUAGCGCUAGCGAUGUACAACACUGACGAAUCAAUAACAGGAUUUGCAAGAGCUUCGUUUGAGCUAGCCAUAAAGAGGAAAUUACCAUUGUUUUUCACUACUAAAAAUACUAUACUGAAGAAAUAUGACGGUAGGUUUAAAGAUAUCUUCCAAAAGAUGUACGAUGAAGAUUACAAGGGUAAAUUCAAGGAACUAGGUAUAAGUUAUGAGCACAGGCUUAUUGAUGAUAUGGUUGCGCAAAUGAUUAAAUCCAAAGGUGGGUUUAUCAUUGCCAUGAAAAACUAUGACGGGGAUGUUCAAUCUGAUAUAGUAGCCCAAGGUUUCGGAUCACUUGGCUUAAUGACAUCGACAUUAUUGACUCCAGAUGGUAAGAUCUUCGAAAGCGAAGCUGCACAUGGCACAGUAACUAGGCAUUACAGGCAGUAUCAAAAGGGCAAAGAGACCUCGACAAACUCAAUUGCUACAAUCUUUGCUUGGUCCCAAGGUAUAAUCCACAGAGGCAAAGUGGACCAGACACCUGAUGUUAGACUAUUUGGAGAGAUCCUAGAGAGGUCUACAAUUGACACUGUCCAGAUAGACGGUAUCAUGACUAAAGACCUAGCUCUAAUUCUCGGAAAGACUGAGAGAAAGGACUACGCAAGCACAGAAGAGUUCAUAGACGCUGUUGCAAGAAGACUCAAGCGUGAGUUCAAUUCCCAUUUCAACAAGCCAUCGAAACUAUAA